ACUUCGCAGCCAUUUUUUAAUAGGGAGCUACUUUUAUUUGCUGGGAUUGUACAUCUUCGUCAAUAUUUUUGUGGUUCGUUUAAUUUUUCAUCGGAUAACUAACUGUAGGACAACAGGGUUGGGUUUUCAAAAGACCCUACCGUCAUGUCUGACUUUAUUGAAAGCGAGGCCGAGGAGUCCGAGGAGGAAUUCGAGGAGCAAGAGAUACAACCGAAAAAGAAACCGAAGAUUGUGGAAGUUGAUGAUGAUGAGGAGGAGGAAGAGGAAAACACAGAGGACCAGGACGAGCACGGAAACCUGCUGGGGCUGAUUGAUGACGAUGUGGAUGAUGACGAUGUGGAUGAUGACGAAGAGGAGGAGGACAAUGAUGGGGGAAGAAGUGCAGGAGCUGCGAGUGACUCGGGGGAAGAGAUCGGGCAUCGUAAGAAGAAGCGCACCCAUGACUAUCGCUUGGAUGAUGAUGACAUUGAUCUUAUUGAGGAGAACUUGGGUGUGAAAGUUAAGAGGAAAAAAUUCAGCCGUGUACGAAACAUGGCUGACGAUGAAGAUGAGGAAGAUGAUGAUGGCAGGGAAGCCCACGAGAAGGACCUGAUCGCCGACGAGAUCUUCACGGGCGAUGGCGAUGUCGAAGAGGGGGAGGCCGUGGACAUGCCCCUUCGCCACGGGGAGGAAGAGGAAGAGGAGGAAGAGUCUGAUAUUGAUGACUUCAUUGUGGAUGAUGACGGACAACCAUUAAGGAAACCCAAAUGGGGGAAGAAGCUCCCAGGGUACACAGACGCGGCCCUGCAGGAGGCCCAGGAGAUUUUCGGCGGGGACUUUGACUUUCCGGAGUUUGACACGGAGGCGUACGAUCAUGCUGAGGAGGAGGAGGAGGAUCCGGACGAGGAGUCCUGGGACAGGCCCAAGAAGCAGACCAAGAAGCGCGUGGGCAGACGCAGCAUCUUCGAGAUCUACGAGCCCAGCGAGCUGGAGAGCAGCCACAUGACGGACCAGGACAACGAGAUCCGCUCCACUGACAUGCCCGAGAGGUUCCAGCUGCGCUCCAUCCCGGUGAAACCCGCCGAGGAUGAGGAACUGGAGGAAGAGGCGGACUGGAUCUACAGGAACGCUUUCUCCACUCCUACCAUCUCCAUGCAGGAAAGUACGGACUACCUGGACAGAGGCCAGACCAGCAGCUUUAGCCGGAAAGGGCCCAGCACCAUCCAAAAGAUAAAAGAGGCUCUGAACUUCAUGAGGAACCAGCACUUUGAGGUUCCCUUCAUAGCAUUCUACAGGAAGGAGUAUGUAGAACCGGAGCUCAACAUCAAUGAUCUUUGGAAAGUCUGGCAGUGGGAUGAGAAGUGGACCCAGCUGAAAACCCGCAAACAGAACCUGACCCGCCUCUUCCAGAAGAUGCAGGCCUUCCAGUUUGAGCAGAUCUCUGCCGACCCCGACAAGCCACUUGCUGAUGGCGUCCGGCCACUGGACACUGCUGACAUGGAGAGACUAAAGGAUGUGCAGUCCAUCGACGAGCUGGGCGACGUCUACAACCACUUCCUGCUUUACUACGGCCGGGACAUCCCCAAGAUGCAGAACGCUGCCAAGGCCAGCAAGAAGAAGCUGAAGAAGAUCAAGGAGGUCUCGGAGGAGGAUGGAGAACAGGAAGCGGAGCUGGAGGAAGAGGAAGAGGAGGAGGAGCAGAAGGGACCGGAUCUGAAGCUGGCCUCUCGCAGGGACAUGUACAGUAUCUGUCAGACUGCUGGGCUGGAUGGGCUGGCUAAGAAAUUUGGUCUAACCCCGGAGCAGUUUGGAGAGAAUCUGCGUGACAGUUACCAGCGGCACGAGACAGAGCAGUUUCCGGCUGAGCCUGUGGAGCUGGCCAAGGACUACGUGUGCAGUCAGUUCAGCACCCCCGAGGCAGUGCUGGAGGGGACGCGCUACAUGGUGGCCAUGCAGAUCGCCCGCGAGCCGCUGGUCCGCCACGUCCUCCGCCAGACCUUCCAGGAGAGGGCCAAGAUCAACAUCAAACCCACCAAGAAGGGCAAGAAGGACGUGGAUGAGGCGCAUUACUCCUACUCCUUCAAGUACCUGAAGAACAAGCCCGUGAAGGAGCUCAACGGAGACCAGUUCCUGAAGAUGUGCCAGGCCGAGGAGGAGGGCCUGCUGGCCAUCGACAUCUGCAUCGACCUGGUGGGAGUGAAGGGGUACGGCGACCAGACCUACUUCGAGGAGAUCAAGCAGUUCUACUACAGAGACGAGUUCAGCCACCAGGUGCAGGAGUGGAACAGGCAGCGUACCCUGGCCAUCGAACGUUCCCUGCAGCAGUUCCUCUACCCACAGAUGGCCAAGGAGCUGAAGAACAAGCUCAUCAGCGAGGCCAAGGAAAACAUCGUCAAGGGCUGCUGUAGGAAGCUGUACAACUGGCUGAAGGUGGCGCCCUACAAGCCCGACCAGCAGGUGGAGGAGGACGAUGACCUCAUGGACGAGAGCCAGGGCAAGGGCAUCCGCGUGCUGGGCGUGGCCUUCGCCUCCAGCAGAGACACCCCGGUAUUCUGCUCCCUCAUCAAUGGCGAAGGAGAGGUGGUGGACUUCCUGCGGCUGCCCUACUUCCUGAAGAGGAGGAACGCGUGGAGGGAGGAGGAGCGGGAGAAAAAGAUGCAGGACAUUGAGAACCUGAAGAAGUUUCUGAUCAGCAAGAAGCCGCACGUGGUGGCGGUGGCAGGGGAGAACAGGGAUGCCCACAUGGUGAUGGAGGACAUCAAACGCACGGUGAGCGAGCUGGAGCAGGAGGCGUCUCUCCCGCCCGUGGGCGUGGAGCUGGUGGACAACGAGCUGGCCCAGCUCUACAUGAACAGCAAGAAGUCUGAGGCGGAUUUCAGGGACUACCCGCCCCUCCUGCGCCAGGCAGUGUCUGUGGCCCGUAAGAUCCAGGACCCCCUGGUGGAGUACGCCCAGGUGUGCAGCAGUGACGAGGACAUCCUGUGUCUCAAACUCCACCCACUUCAGGAGCACGUGGUGAAGGAGGACCUGCUCAGCGCUCUGUACUGUGAGUUCAUCAACCGGGUGAACGAGGUGGGCGUGGACGUGAACCGGGCCAUCUCGCACCCCUACACGCAGAGCCUGGUGCAGUACGUCUGCGGCCUGGGGCCCAGGAAGGGCUCCCACCUGCUCAAGAUCCUGAAGCAGAACAACACUCGCCUGGAGAACCGCACCCAGCUGGUCACCAUGUGCCACAUGGGGCCCAAGGUGUUUAUCAACUGUGCCGGCUUCAUCAAGAUCGACACGGCGUCCCUGGGAGACAGCACGGACUCCUACAUCGAGGUUCUGGACGGGUCGCGCGUGCACCCGGAGACGUACGAGUGGGCCCGCAAGAUGGCGGUGGACGCGCUGGAGUACGACGAGUCUGCUGAAGACGCCAAUCCCGCCGGGGCGCUGGAGGAGAUCCUGGAGAACCCGGAGAGGCUGAAGGACCUGGAUCUGGACGCCUUCGCCGAGGAGCUGGAGAGACAGGGCUAUGGUAACAAGGGCAUUACCCUGUAUGACAUCCGCGCCGAGCUGAGCUGCAGGUACAAGGACCUGAGGGCCCCGUACCGGCCCCCCAACACAGAGGAGGUGUUCAACCUGCUCACCAAGGAGACGCCCGAGACAUUCUACAUCGGUAAACUGAUUACCAGCGUGGUAACGGGCAUAGCUCACCGGCGCCCCCAGGGCGAGAGUUACGACCAGGCCAUUCGCAAUGAUGAGACGGGGCUGUGGCAGUGCCCCUUCUGCCAGCAGGACAACUUCCCUGAGCUCAGUGAGGUGUGGAAUCAUUUUGACAGCGGCUCCUGUCCGGGGCAGGCCAUCGGCGUGCGGUCGCGCAUGGACAACGGCGUCACCGGAUUCAUCCCCACCAAGUUCCUGAGCGACAAAGUGGUGAAGCACCCGGAGGAGAGAGUGAAGGUUGGAAUGACCGUCCACUGCCGGAUCAUGAAGAUCGACAUCGAGAAGUUCAGCGUGGACCUCACCUGCAGAACGUCGGACUUGAUGGACAAGAACAACGAGUGGAAGCUGCCCAAGGACACAUACUAUGACUUCGACGCCGAGACGGAGGACGUGAAACACGAGGAGGACCUGAAGAAGAAGCAGCAGCGCACCACCUACAUCAAGAGGGUGAUCGCACACCCGUCCUUCCACAACAUCAACUUCAAGCAGGCGGAGAAGAUGAUGGAGUCCAUGGACCAGGGCGACGUCAUCAUCCGGCCCAGCAGCAAGGGGGAGAACCACCUGACCGUCACCUGGAAGGUGGCCGACGGGAUCUAUCAGCACGUGGACGUGCGCGAGGAGGGCAAGGAGAAUGCCUUCAGCCUGGGACACACCCUCUGGAUCAACAACGAGGAAUUUGAAGAUUUGGAUGAAAUUACAGCUCGUUAUGUUCAGCCAAUGGCAGCAUUUGCACGCGACCUCCUCAGCCACAAGUAUUUCCAAGACUGCCAUGGUGGAGACAGAAAGAAAAUGGAGGAGGUCCUGGUGAAAACUAAGAAGGACAAGCCCACAUUUAUCCCCUACUAUGUGUCUGCAUGCAAGGACCUACCAGGGAAGUUCCUGUUGGGCUACCAGCCCCGAGGAAAACCAAGGGUGGAGUUUGUGACCAUCACCCCCGAUGGGUUCAGAUACAGAUCCCAGAUAUUCCCCACAGUCAACGGACUCUUCCGUUGGUUCAAGGACCAUUACCAGGAACCAGUACCAGGCAUCACGCCAAGCAGCAGUAGCCGAACGCGAACACCUGCAUCGGUCAAUGCCACACCGGCUAACAUCAACAUCGCAGACCUGACUCGAGCGGUCAGUGCCCUCCCGCGGAACAUGACCUCGCAGAUGUUCAACGCCAUCGCCGCGGUAACGGGGCAGGGGCAGAAUCCCAACUCCACGCCAGCGCAGUGGGCCUCCAGCCAGUAUGGCUACACUGGCGGGAGCAGCGGAGGUGGAGGGGGCAGCAGCAGUGCUUACCACGUUUUCGCCACCCCGGCACAGCAGCCCAUCGCGACACCCCUGAUGACCCCUAGCUACUCGUACACCACCCCCAGCCAGCAGCAGGCCAUGACCACGCCCCAGUACCCCAGCAGCACCCCCCAGUCCUCGCACGGGCACCACCCUUCCUCCACCCCCUCCUCGUCCUCGUCACGCAUCAGAACGCCGCAGCCAAAGACGAACACUCACACAGCGGUGGACUGGGGGAAGAUGGCAGAGCAGUGGCUCCAGGAGAAAGAGGCAGAGCGGAAAAAGCAGAAGCCCCGGAUGACGCCUCGGCCCUCGCCCAGCCCCAUGAUCGAGAGCACGCCCAUGUCCAUCGCAGGGGACGCCACCCCUCUGCUGGAUGAGAUGGACCGAUAGUCCCCCCCCCAAAACACAAACACAAACCCUUCUGUCCCCCACAGUCCCGCCCAGCCCCGUGCCCCGUGCCCCUACGCACUCGCCAUCUCUCCUCAGCCCUCAAAGCUACUUUAUUUUGUGAUAACAGUACUGGAGCAAAGAGCUUACGUGACGUAGAGAUACAGAUGAACAUUUCAAACGGGCAGACAAACACGUUUAGGAAAUGGACCUAUGAUGAAAGUUUGUCGUGUGGGUUUUACUUUUAAUCAAGAAAAAGGAUUUUUUUUUUUUUUGGUUUUUUUUUUUUUUGAGAAAAAAAUAAUAAUUAGGAAGAAUUGCUGACUAAAUGAAUCAUCUUGACUGUUUAAAAGGCUGUGCAGUAUCGCAGUACGAUGUUCAGUAGGCCACCCUUGUCAUCACUGUGAGCACCAACCACAGCAGGGUGCUGGAUACUAAUGACACGUCCUCACACUUUGCCAAGCCAAUGGGGCGAAAGGCUGUCUGUGUUUUGUAUGCAUGCAUCAAAACAAAUAAAACCUUUUUUUUUUUUUUUUUUUUUUUAUAAACUUUAAUCCGGGACGUGUCGCUGUAACAUACUAUGCACUGGUGAAUACACUGAACACCCUGCUCCUACAAGCUUGUGAACCUCAUUAACACUCUUGCUCUCUCUCCCAUGUGAAACGUGCGGCCUUUGGCCUUGUGUUAACCGGUUAUCUUUUGGACAGUGUUGCUCGUUCUACAUGUCUGUCGUCAUGAACGCUCUCCUUGUUGGUUAAGAACAGGAGCCCACAGCUGAAUUUCAGCCUGUUGCUUGGAAUCCGACCACGGGAAUGCGUUACCAUGACGAUGCAGGCAAAGCCACGGGCUUGCCCAUCUUGCAUGGGAAAUCAGGGAGGGCGCGCUGAGGACUGUUUACUUGCUCCCUUUCCUUUACAGCAAUUCAGAUUUUCUUCUUUUUAUGUAUGUGUAACCUUUGGCCCUUGGGCUUUCUCAACAGUUUAAUAGAUGGAAAAUACUGUAUUUGUGGAAAUCCACCAUUUUGAGUGUUCUCCCGUCUACCAUUUUUUUCUAUCAUUGAGUUUUAACAUUUAAGCAAAGUGACUAGAAGGUGUUAAGUUUAUUCCAUCUUAAUUUUGGCAAGAAUCACAGUAAACGCACGUUUAGGCCUUUCACUACUCAAGAACUACAAGGAUUAUUCGUAUACUCAGUACACAAGCUGUGAAUGUGGGAUUUUCGGCUUUUGUAGAGUGCAACAGCCACACAUUCUAUUGGUGGCCUGAAAUUGUAUUUGUCAUUAUUACAUAAUACUUAUGAAUUCCCAUCAGUGGUUGAAUGUUUCUGUGGCAUCACCUUGCUUUUCUCUUGAUAAAAAAGGAAAAAUACCAAA